AUGAGAGCUCUCGCUUACUAUGGGACUCAAACUGUCCGUUUCACGACCGACUUGCCGGAACCAAAAAUCGAAGAACCAGAUGAUGUCUUGAUAGAUGUGGAGUGGUGUGGUAUUUGUGGUACUGACCUACAUGAAGUUCUUGACGGUCCUAAUUUUUUUCCCGAAGAUGGGAAGACACAUGAAAUUAGCGGUAAAGGAUUACCACAAGCAAUAGGUCAUGAAAUUUCAGGUAUAGUCACCCAUGUUGGAGCUGACGUCAAGACAUUAAAACCUGGCGACCAUAUUGUCAUAGAGCCAACAGGAACAUGUCAAGAUAGGGAAAGAUAUAACACAAAGGGUAAAACUUGUGCGCCUUGUAAAAAGGGCAUUUAUAACGUCUGUGAAUAUCUCGGCUUAUGUGGUGCUGGAGUACAAUCUGGGGGAUGUGCCGAAAAGGUUGUUAUUGGUGAAAAGCACUGUUUCAAAAUUCCAAAAUGGAUUCCCUUGGACGUUGCGGCAUUAAUUCAGCCGUUGGCAGUCUGUUGGCACGCUGUGAAGCUAGCUAAAGUGAAAGCGGGGCAAACAGCUUUGAUUCUUGGCGGCGGCCCUAUUGGUCUCGGGAUGAUCUUAGCCCUUAAAAACUAUGGCUGCACUGACAUAGUUGUGUCUGAGCCUGCGCACACAAGACAACAACUAGCUAGCAAAAUGGGAACUAGAACGUCAAAUCCGCUGGACUUCAAAAACAACGAUGAAAAUAUCAAAUACUUGAAAUCAUUGUCGGCCGAUGGUAGUGGUUUCGACUUUUGUUUCGACUGCUCUGGUAUUCCAGAUACUUUCGAAGCAGCUAUUCAGUGCCUCACCUUCAGAGGUACAGCGGUAAACGUAGCCAUUUGGGGGCAUAGAUCUGUUAAAUGCUACCCAAUGGAAUUGACAUUACAAGAAAAGAGAUACAUGGGUGCGAUGUGCUACACCACCGAAGAUUUUGCUGACGUUGUAGACUCGUUUUGUGAGGGAAGAAUAGACCCAAAAACAGCAGAGUGUAUGAUAACAAGCAAAGUCGUACUAGAGAACGGAAGAGCUGGUUUUAUGAAGUUGCUGCACGAUAAAGAAGGAACCAUUAAGGUUCUAAUUACUCCAAAGGAAAGCCUUGUUCGUGAACAAAACGAGUAA